CGUCAGAGCUUAGGGGUUUCUCCCCUCUCUUUCAUUUAAAUACGUUCGUUUGAUGCCAGGAAAUUACUAAAGGAGCUGGAGUUGCAAAUCGGUCCUUAACUGAUCCAGUGCGAUUAAGGAGGCUGGCUAAGAAUCUCUACACUGGCCUGUUUUGUCCUGAGAAAUGAGACUGACUUGAUGAGCUCUUGAAGGGGCUGUAUCAGUUGAGGGAAGCUCAGUCACCUUUACCUGAGUCCACCGCUGCCUUGGAUGAGAUGACUGCAGCAGCAGAACUACACGGAACACUCUGUCUGGAAUUACACAGCACAGAUGACGGUGUCCUCCUAGAGCCAGGAAACUCCCAGAUGGCUCUCACACAAGUACAAGACCAGACUGUUAAAGGGCAGAGGAUCAAUAAGGAAACCGGAGAGUUGAGCGCUUCAGGGGAGUUGUCUGUCUCUGUGGAGUUGAAAACAGAGAACGUGGAGGGGUCUUCUAGGAACCCUCACCUCCCACAAGAGCUCAGAGAGCAACUACAGGAGCUGGAAAGUUGCACAUGCUCGAGCCCUGACCGCAGAGUGGACCAUGUUUCUUCAGAGCAGAGAGAGGAGCAUCUGGUCAAAGCCCUGUCUCUUUACGUACAGGUCUGUGAAGAUGGUGUUCGACUUGAAGGUUUGGACAUGACGGGGCUUGCUGUUCUUACUGCUGACGCUGUCAUUUAUAACAUCCACAACAGACUGGCAGAAAGAACUGCAGAGGGGGCUCGUGAGGAGGUGGUAUGGUUCUUCCACAGGCCACCUGAGGGGACACAGUCUAAAACAGGAGAAAGUCCAGGAUGGUUGCUGUUAAAGUCCCUUUUGCUGUUCACAUCUGAUAGUUCUGAUGUAUUGUCCUCCAUAACCCCAGAGCUCCCUGCUGCUUUAGUGAAAUGUCUGUACUUGCUAGUGUGCCUUCCAGCUAAGAAGGACAACAUUGCCAUAGAAGAGACCUUUCAGGAGCCACUAACGCAGGUACUCCUUCAGCUUUGUAGGCAUCCAGUCAAUGUAGAGAAAAUGGUGGAGACUCAAGAACUGCAAUGUCUUAUCAUUGGCCUCACAUCACUAUGGGAUCAGACCAGCACUGCCUGGAGGCAUCAGGCCUCUCGUAUCCUCAAGGCCAUCUCUGCUGUAGCGACAAGCAACACUGUCCCAAGCUUGCUAGAUAAGGAUUGUGUGCGUAUCUGCAUCCAGAACCUGUUGCAGAUCAGUGCUGAUGUCCCAGGACCGCUGCUAGCCGAGGUGGCCGUGGCUGUGUUUAGCUUCAUUAUAGACACCUAUCCACUCAGUCCGUCCCUCUUCAUCGAGUUUGACACCAACAAUGGCUACCAGGCCCUUGAGAACAUUCUGAAAUGCUGUGAGGAAGGUAUGUCCACGGAUCAGUUUCAGCAUGUGGAGGAGUUGCUGACUCUCAUUGCAGAUCUCACCCUGCUUGGAAAAACCGAGCUGAAAGUAGCUCUUUGUGUGACCAACCCCCAGCUUCCAGGCCUUAAGUUUGAUCCUCCAAUCACCAAAGGUUCAACAGUAAAGAACCUGCAGGCCUUCCACCUGCUGCAGGCAUCCCUGCUGCGUUCCCAGGAUUCUCUGCUGUGCUGCCAGCUUCUUCGAACCCUGCAAACAAUAUGGGAAAGGGACCCAGCUAACUUCUUCCUUUUGGAGUGGACUGUCCAGUCGAUGGCCCAGCUGGGUGCCAGUGUAUGGCAUAAACCAGCACCUGUCCAAAAACUAUUCUUUUCACUUCUAGAGAUGGUGGUAUUUAAGAUGAAUUACAUCCCCCAUGAGACCUUGCGUGCAGUGCUGAAUGUACUGAAGCAGAUCUGGGCUAGGACAGUGGCUGGAGAGGUGGCAGGAAUCGAGUUCGGAGUGGUGGCUCUUAAGUGUUUUCAUAGGAUGAUUGUGCACAGUGGUGUGCUAGAUGAGGUGCUGAGUGACCGGGGUCUGCUGGAGCUGCUGCUCGGGGAACUUCGUAAGAGAGCUAAAAUCCUCAGGAAGGCUGGAGUUGUCUCUUCCGCUCAAAUAAAUCCCCAGCAGCUGCCAUGUGUGGAAGACGGUGAGAGACGUCUCACUGCCUGUAUGCUUGAAGUUGUGUCAAGCCUCACUUUGCGUUCGAUCAAGAACAUAGUUUCAGUGCGAGACCUUGGUAUGGUUCCCUACAUAAAGAUCUUCUUGGAUCAGGAUCAGUAUCGAGCGCCCACUCUGAACAUUUUGGAGCAGCUAGCUGAGAUUAACCCUGAGGAGUUCAUGAGUACAGGCAUAGGGGCCCUUUGUUCCUCUACACAGCAGGAACUUAGGUUGAAGUGGGACCUUUUGCAGUCUGUACUGAAGGUUCUGGAGAGACCCAACAGUUGGGACGCCUUUAGGAGAGCAGGAGGCUUCACUGGACUGCUGUAUUUAGUGAUCGAUAUGGAAGGAGCUCUGUCUGACCCUCCUCAGGGAGAAGUGUGGAAGACCCUGGGACAUCAACCACUGUUGGACCUCCUCCUCCUCACUCUCCAUAUCCUGGCCCGGGCUGUGCAUCUCCACACAGUAAAUGCAUACCAUUUUGAGACUAGUGGCUUUUAUGAAAGACUGGCCGAAGCUCUGCUCCAUCUGGGCUGCUUUCACACUGGAGACCAUGAGAAAAAGAAGUGGGAUGAAGAGGAGGGCUUCUGUUCCAAGACUGGACAAGAUGACCAGUCUCCUGGAAAGAGCUUCCACCAGUUUGUUGAGUUAGCAGAGGCCUCUGAUGCUCCCUGCUCUCCCUCCACCCCACUGCAACCCAAUCUGCCUGUCACUCUUCGGACAUGUAUAAGGUUGCUCUCUUGCCUCGACCAAUUUGCCACAGGGACCUACUCUCAUCAAGAGUUCAACUUGGGACCAGAGUCUGAGGAUGCGUGUGGUAGAGAUACAGACAACAGACUCCUGGCAUCAGGUAGGCAGUUCUUGGAGGACACACAGGGAAGGUCCAGGAACACAGCAUCCAGUAUUUCCUCAGUCUCCACAGAGUAUCAGUACAGUCGGUUCUCCUGUGAGCAUAUCAUUCCUCAUCCAGGAGCCCUCAGAGUUAUAAUUACUCUCCUUCCAUCAGUGUUCACUCCAAAAGACACACAGCUCUCUAUGGAAGUCCAGUUGUCGCUGGUGCACUACAUCCAAGCUGUUGUCAAACCUGAGCGAAACCGCCAGAUAUUGUGUGAGGGGGGCCUGGUUUCCACACUCUUGAUCCAUUGUCGGAACAUGUUGCUGGCUCCAAACCACCCAUUACAUCUGCCUGUUACACGUAUCUUGGAGAAGCUUUCCUCCCAGUCCAUCACACAUUCAGAUUUCAGAAAGUUCAUAUGUUUAGGACAGGCUCUUAAAUAUUUGGCAGACAAAACGGCGAAGCAAUCACAACAAUCUCCUGUUUCAAACGGUCACAAUACGGAGGCACAGGUCUCAUCAGGAUCUUCAUUAAAAACAAUGAAUCGAAGCUUCAGCUUGUUACAGUCUACAAGUCAGAGUGAGUCCUCUGUUGGUUUUGCAAUCCCUGUCCACCAGAUCAUCAGUCUGGUGUCCAUGGUGUCACCACGCAGCUUCAGACCUCACCGAGUCUCCUCCUCACCAGCAUUUGUAGAGUUUGACAUGAGUGAGAGUGGAUAUGGUUGCCUUUUCCUGCCUUCUCUGGCCACAGUGAAAGGAGUGACUGCCGAUUCAAUCUCAACAGGUGGAAUUGGAGGAGACUGCCGGGGAUUUCCCCCUACAGCUGGUGUCUCAUUUUCCUGCUGGUUCCAGAUCAACAGGUUUAGUUCAGCCUGUGACUCACACCCAAUCCGUCUACUGUCGGUGGUUCGUCACAUGUCUCGGACUGAACAACACUAUAUCUGUCUGUCAGUCUCCUUCUCAGCCUGUGAUGGCUGUCUGGUCAUCUCUACAGAGGAGGAAACAUUUACAUACUUGGAUACAAUGGAACCAGAAGUUUGCACAUCCAGUUCUUUGACUACAUCACUGAGGUUCCGAUGCUCCAGUGCGCUGGUCCCAGGUCAGUGGCACCAUCUGGUUGUGGUCAUGGCCAAAGACGUGAAGAAGAGCUGUGUGACCUCAGCCUACUUCAAUGGCAAAGCCGUGGGGACAGGAAAGAUGAGGUACAUUCAGCCAUUCCCUGGUCAGUAUGUCUCCAUGGACCCCACAGCUGUGAUUGAUGUGUACGGACUGAUAGGAACACCAGCUCUCUGGAAGGAGCAUGCUGCUGUAGUGUGGCGAGUGGGUCCUUCCUACCUUUUUGAAGAGGCUUUGAGCUCUGACGCUGUGGAUGCCAUAUACAAUCAAGGCACCGCCUAUCUGGGCAACUUCCUGGCUCUGCGCAACACAGGCUGUAGUUCAGACACUGAGUCUGUCCCUCAUAGGCUGGUUCCUGAGGGGAGGAUUUCAUUUGGCAUCAACCCAGCAGUUUCUACAUUAACAAAUGUUGCCCAGAUCAGAGAUGAUUACAAUGAGGUGGACUGUAGACUGAUUGCUAAAGAGAUGGAGAUAACAUCUCGGGAUCACUCCACCCCUGUGUUCCUUGCUCGAAACAUCAGCCAGCACCUGAGUGGCACAGCUCGCACAAUCGGUGCAGCGCUGGUUGGACAUUUUGGUGUGCGUACGUUCACCCCUAGCAGUGCAUCUAAUGGUUUCCUCUAUGUGGGUGGGCCUGCAGUUGUUCUCAGUCUUGUUGCAAUGGCACCAGAUGACAGCUCUCUAUAUGCAACUAUUAAAAUUCUUCUUUCUGUGCUGGAGACCAACUCUGCCAUGCAACAGGAAAUGAGCCGCAUUGGUGGAUACAAGCUGCUGGCUUUUCUGCUGAAAAUGAAGAGCAGCCUGAUCAGCUACAGAGCCUUUCAGCUGGUUCUCUGUCUCGUGAGUCCAGUGGCACUGAGCUCUGGGUCUGGUUUCAUACAAAAUGAACCUGCUUUCCAGGCCUUGCUGUGUGAUCUGGAGGUGUGGAAGAACGCAUCAGAUAAUCUGGAGCUUUCAGUUCUGAACCACUUUGCUGAAAUCCUGAAAUCAUCCAGCAGUGACAGCCGAAGGGAUACAGCAGGCAUGGGGCUGCUACCACACCUGCUAUUUGAACUUUCUGAGCCUGCUGUGACUGGUGAGAAAGUUAAGCUCAUUUCUUGUGUCAUCACAUCUCUCCUGAAAGCUCACUUCACCCCUCUGGACAUGCGCAGACUUGGGCUCUUUCUGGUCUACACACUCCCUCCUCUUAGUAACAUGACUGAAAGCAAAGAGAUAAAUGACAGUGAUCUUGCCCAGGAUAUGCCAGCUCCGAGUUCUGGUCCAGCCAACUUCAUUUGGAUCCGCAACCAGCUUUUACUCGCUCUCUGUGAAAUCCUCAACUCAGACAGCUUUCUAAAUGAAGAUCAGCAGAAGGCUGUAUUUGAUUCCUUGGGCAGUGAUUGGUUCCUGCUCUUCCUUCAGCCACACCUUCACCCUUCAACCUUGAAACUGGGUCUUGUCCUGCUCACACAUCUUCUGUCCAGUCCCUGCCAGCAGAGCAGCUUCAGAGAGCGGGUGCUCCCAGGAACACUGAUAGAGGGCAUGAAGGAACCCUUUGCUGUCUUGGACAACCUUCAAGCUCCUCCUUCGUCUUAUGAGUGCCACAGCACCAUGUGUCCAGGUUUUGAUGUUCUACAGGGGCUGCUGAUCAGACACUCUCACCUGCCUCAGGUGUACGAGGCCUUGGCAGCACUGCUGCUGGGAAAGAAGGCCCGUCACACAGCAGAGGAGAAGGAGAAUUUGGAUGAUAUCCUACAGUCACUGAUUGACAGUCAAGCAGAAACCCCUGCUCAGCAGCUCUGUGCUGAAGCUGUUACAAUACUUCUGGAGACAGUCAAAGUCAUCAUCACUCAGCAGCCUGUUACCACAGCAAAGCACAUGCCAGACACUGAUGCAUCAUGGGAGUUGCAGCUCCCAGCAAGUGUGAUGCAGUUCCUUUGUCUUCUUCAUAACCUCCGGCCAAGUGACCCACUGUGGGCAUCACCAGAGUUCCUCCAUGCACUCGCUAGAGUUGUGUACCCUAUGGGCAGUUCAGAGGGCAUGGUAGAGCCUUGUGUAAAUGAAGAUGAGGACACAGUCAAGCCUCAUCAAACCAGGAAGCCAGUGUGUGACUUCAUCAGAAUACUGCUAAUGGAUAAUCUGCUUAAUGUUUCUGCCAACACCAGCACACAUCCUAUUGUACUGCUCUUAGAGUUUUCCCCUAGUGGUGCAUCACUAGAACAGAGGCAGAGUUUCCAGACUGAGCUUCUUGAGUUGAUUAUGGACAUCAUCCACAUUCUCAGCCAAGAGGAAGAAAACAACACUCAUCUCAGCUCACAAGACUCAAAAAACCAGAAGCCUGAAGGGCAGAUGGGCAUACUGAUGGAGAAUGUGGUGUUCUUUACGAAGACUCUCACUAAGAAACUUUACAGUGGAACAUUCCUGGGAGACCCUGAGAGUUUGCUCAACUUCCUUGCAGAUCAGAUUGUUGUGGCUCUGGAAAAAGGCCAGACCCAGAAAGAGAAGACAGUGUCUGCUCUCUACUCGUGCAACAAUAAAGUCCUGCUUUACUUCUUGUCUCAACCACGACAUUCCCAAGAAGAAAAGGGAAGGGUCAUCAGGACAUUACAGACCUUUAUGGAAUACUGGGAUGUGUUCAUGGCAACUUACAAUUCAAAUGUGAACUUUGUUACAUGCUUUCUUCAUUGCCUCUUACUGAUACGAUCUGGCAGCUACCCUGAGGGUUUUGGAUGCGUGGCACAGAAAGUGCACAACAGGAAAGCUUUGUCUCAUGUGUUUGCUACCAAAACCAGGCAUUCUGAAAGCCUCAGCAGCGGAGCAGACGGUACUACAGAUGACAGAGAAUUAGUGUCCUUAGCGGAGGCCUGCUGGUCAAAGGUCAUGGUGGAGAGGCAACGCACACUUGAAGAAACGUAUAAAAUAGAGAUUUCAGCGGGCCACUCAGCGGACACUGGGCCCGUCAGCAUGAAUGAUAUUGCUCCUCUGUGGGAGGAGACAGCACACAAAGCCUGGCUGCUACACAUAGAGUCUCAGAAGAAGAAGAUUGCCAACAGUUCUCAGAAGACAUUUGACAUGAUCAGCAGUGCUGUUCGCACAGCUUGGGCCAGGCUAGGCAAAGAGUCAGUAACAGCAGAGGAGUUUCUGUCCUACAUGGAGUCACAUCGACAGAGAGGCCACAGCAUGUUUGAGAAUAUGAGAACAAACCACUUACAGUUGCGAACCAGUGAAUGGGAGCGAACUAGCUCCAAGUGGCUGCACGUGGAGGCUGAGGUGCUGCUGAGACAAAACUGGGUGCAAGAUGCUGCUGAAGGACCCAAUCGGACAAAAUCACGCAUCCGCAAAAAAGCUCGGAGGCGAUCUAAAUGGGUGCUAGGAACACUGUGUCUGGGUUUAAGGACUGGCGUGUCUGAAGAAAACAAAAUCACAACAGAAGAUAACACAGAGCCCAAAAUCCUGUGUGAAGUUGGAACAGAAGCUAAAGAGGAUGACAAGGAGGGAGGACAGGAUUGUAUCCGUUUGACCUUCUUUCCUGUUCUGAAUGAGACGACUGCUGUCAAUGAAGGUUCUCCGGACCCCUUAACCCUUGAACCUUGCUCCCACAUGAAAGACUGCCCCAGCAUACGCAUCAUCCUGCAGGAGCUGCACCCUGGAGAGGAGGUAAAAGCUAAGAUGUGUGUACUGAUGGUGAGUGGUCUCAGAGUGACAGAGGGAGUGCUGCUGUUUGGAAAGGAGAGCCUGCUCUUAUGUGAGGGAUUCACACUGAGUCCUCCUGGAGAUGUUUGUUGCAUCAGCCACCAUCCCAGCAGUGUGAGGGAUUCCUUCAUUUCCACUAUGCUGACAAACGAUCUGCCAUCAGCCAGCUGCAGACGUUGGCUCUAUGAGGACAUCAAGGAGGCCCGUUUCAUGCGUUUCCUUUUAGAGGACAAUGCCAUUGAGGUCUUCAUGAAAAACGGACACUCAGCCUUCCUGGUGUUCCUAAAUAAAGACCAUGUCUCUGCGUAUAAAAGGUUGUGUACCAUAGUGCCCACAUUAAAAGGCAGAGGGGUUAUUACUGAAGUCAUUGCUAAUGCCAGGAAGACUCCCGUGGUUGAAAAGACAGCCCUGGUUAAAUGGCAGAAAGGGGAGAUAAGUAACUUUGAGUACUUGAUGCAUCUAAACACUAUAGCUGGGAGGACAUACAAUGACCUGAUGCAGUAUCCAGUGUUCCCCUGGGUCCUAGCUGACUACCAGUCAGAGACGCUUGAUCUGUCAAAUCCCGCAACUUUCCGUGAUCUGUCUAAGCCAAUGGGAGCUCAGACAGAGAAAAGGAAACAGAUGUUUAUCCAGAGAUAUGAGGAAGUGGAGAACAGCGAAGGUGAUUUAUCUGCACGAUGCCACUACUGUACUCACUACUCCUCAGCCAUCAUUGUGGCCUCUUUCCUUGUGAGGAUGGAGCCAUUUUCACACACCUUCCAGGCACUGCAGGGAGGGUUUGAUAUCCCAGAGCGGAUGUUUUACAGUGUGAAGAAGGAGUGGGAGUCGGCCUCCAGAGACAACAUGGGAGACGUCAGAGAGCUGAUCCCAGAAUUCUUCUACCUGCCUGAUUUCCUGCUCAACUGUAAUCACAUCCAACUGGGCUGUAUGGAGGAUGGUACCACUCUGGGAGAUGUGGAACUGCCUCCUUGGGCCAAAGGUGACCCCCAGGAGUUCAUUAGAAUCCAUCGAGAGGCCUUGGAAAGUGACUAUGUGAGUUCCCACCUCCACCUGUGGAUUGAUCUCAUUUUCGGGUAUCGGCAACAAGGUCCAGCUGCUGUAGAAAGUGUCAACACGUUCCAUCCUUACUUCUAUGCCAAGAGAGGCCGACAGGUUAUUAAGGACCCCCUCGUAAGAAGCACAGUCUUGGGCUAUGUCAGCAACUUUGGCCAGGUUCCCAAACAGCUUUUCACCAAACCGCAUCCACCUCGCAGUGGCUCUAAGAAAGAAGGAUCAUCACCACCCCAACCAACUCCAUUUUUCUUCAAGCUGGAUAAACUGAAGUCCUCUGCGCAGCCAUUCAGAGAGCUGCCGAGAGGCCUGGUGGGUCAGAUACUCUGUCUGGAGAAAGAGGUUGUGGUCCUGGAAAGAAACCGGCUCCUCUUGUCUCCUGUGUCGACCUGUUUCUUCAGCUGGGGCUUCCCUGACAACAGCUGUGCUUUCGGAAACUACGCCACAGAUAAGAUUUUUGCUGUGUGUGAGAGUUUGUGUGACUGGGGUGAGACGUUGUGUGCUGCCUGUCCCAACCCGACGACCAUCAUCACUGCAGGGACCAGCACUGUGGUGUGUGUGUGGGAUGUAGCAGUCAGCAAGGACAAACUCAUUCACAUGAAGCUCAAACAGCCCUUAUAUGGUCACACAGAUUCUGUCACAUGCCUGGCUGUGUCUGAGGUCCACAGUGUGAUAGUAAGUGGCUCCCGGGAUCUCACCUGUAUCCUGUGGGACAUGGAGGAGAGAAGCUACAUCACACAAUUAACAGGACACACAAGCAGCAUCUCUGCGCUGGCCAUCAAUGAGCUCACUGGUGAGAUUGCAUCAUGUGCAGGGCCUCAACUCUACCUGUGGACCAUGAAGGGGCAGCUGCUGGCCUGCACUGAUACUUCCUGUGGGCCUCAGGGAGACAUCAUGUGUGUGAGCUUCACACAGCGACAGGAGUGGGACUCCAGGAAUGUCAUUGUCACUGGCUGUGCAGAUGGCAUCACACGGAUAUGGAAGACGGAGUACACCAGAACACAAUUACCUGGCCCUCCAGAAGAGCCUGUGUCCCCAGGGCAAGACCAAACAGAGAGAGACGUGAAAAGUUCAUGCCGGGUAAAAGCUUGGGAGAGACAGUUGGUGUUAUGUCAAGAGCUGAACAGGAGUCGGGCUGUGUCACAACGCCGCUACAAGAAUGAUCCGGCUAUCACAGCUCUGGCCAUGUCCAGGAACCAUGCUACCCUGUUGACAGGUGAUGCCUGGGGCAGAGGUUUUACCUGGACGUGUGAGUGAGGGGUGACACCACAGUCAUGCCCCCAGCCACCAUUUGAACACAACCUUUAUCAAAGAACUGCAUACAAAAUCCAUCAGUGUGUCAGGUCUGACACCAGCAAGAAGUGCUGAUUUCAGCUGUCCUGUGUGUGCAUUCAGGGAGAGUAGUGAUGAAUAUUUGGUGCACUUACAUAUCAGACAAUGUAGAAUGUUUUACCUUCUGCAUAAGUAUUUAAUAAUGUAUUUGUCUGUGUACAUACUGAGUGUAAACAAAUUUGAAUAAAACUAUUCAGAGCAGAUUUUCUAAAGCUCCUGUGGUGUCUCUGUGCUUUUGAAUAUUAGUGAAAUUAGUUUUUUUUUUUUCCAUUUCCUCAUGAAGGAUCGUGCCUAAAAUGCUGUAGAACUGAUGGGUGAAUUUGGACGAGAGAAAUAAAGAAAUAAGCAAAUAAAUAAAUGCAUCUUAAAUAGUGCUAUAGAGCUCUCACACACACAUGUAAAAACAGCGGUCUGCACUCAUGUCGGCCUGUCAUGCUCUGAGGGUUGUAGUGUUGUGUUUUGGUAAAUGUUUGUGGUUUGAAUAAUUCAGGAUGUUUAGUUAGUUGUGAAUAGUUUACUGGCCUUCCUUUGUUCUUCUUCAUGUGUUUUCAAUUUGCUUUGUAAUGUGGCAUUCAUGAGUAUUUGACAGAUUUUUUAACUUUUUUUUUUUUUAAGCUUGUACAAUUGUCCUCCCCAAGUUUAUUGUGUCAUGUCGAGCGUAUGUGUUGUUGUUGUUGAUGUGAAAUGUGUUUCCGGUCUUGCUGAUGUAUCGUUUCUGCUUGUCACAGCUUUUUGUCGGUACGUUUAUGGUUAACCAAGGACAGAUUUGCCUGUUUAGCCACAUUAGAUUAUUCAAUCCUUGUAAUCACUGCAGGGCCUCGACCACACUCUCCUGGGUAAAUCUGACCCAUCUGAAGAAAGAUGGUAUGAAACUUAACCCUUUGUAAACACUGAUCUUAAUCUUUCAGUGUAAAAGUACAAGACUGGCAGUUUAAUAAAUACGUUAACCAUUUUAAAUGAU